AUGUCGUUCAGCGCGGCGCCCGCGGGCGGAAACGGCGCGUCGGUCGGCGACACGGCGGCGGAGCGCGUGCUGCACGACCCCAUGUUGCUCUCCGCCGUCCUGCGGCACAUCCACGGCAUCUCGGUCGGGACGGAGAGCGACCUCUUCCGCAACAUCGACGUCAGCUGCCUCGCUCUGUGCUCGAAGCGGAUGUGCGCGACGGUGCUGGCGUGCGCCAGCGAGGCCUGCCUGGUCUCGCUGUGCGAGGAGUUGCUGCGCGCGUGCUGGCUGGUCAAGCUGCCCGUCCCGGACCCCAUGCCGCGGGCCGUUCGGCUACGGAUGUACCUCGAGUCCGCGGACGCCGCGCUCAUCAACACGGCCGGGCCGUGCAUGAAUCCCCAGGUCAUCGAGCGGGUCAAGGUGCUCCAGAUGUACGCCACGGACUUCGAGGGGGACGCGCAGCCCCUGCCGCGCCUCCUCGCCUCCCUGCGCGCGGCCAGGUUCGACUUCGCCGCCACACGCGAGCUGUUCCUGUCGUGCAACCUCAACAAGGACCUCCUCAGGUUCCUGCAACCCUUCACCGGCGCGGAGCUGGAGGAGCUGCAACUCUACACCUUUUACGGACGCGGCGACGUGACGGCCACGUGCGGGUACACGAGCGGCAUCCAGCGCAUCGAGGCGGCGGUGCUGAACCUGAUCGCGUCCUGCGGCGCGACGCUGCGGCGCCUGAAGGUGUCGAUUGCGCGCCCCAACGAGACGGCGGGCGCGUUCGUGACGGCCGAGGCGCAGGCGCCCGCCUCGCAGCUGUACGCGCGGCUGCAGGCGGGGAUCCUCACCACCGUCGCGAUGCUCCCGCGCAUCUCCCGGCUGAUGCUCUCCAACGACAUGACCGAGGUCGCCGAGGACGUGCUUCCGAUGCUCGCCCCGCUCGACACGCUGCGGGAGCUCAACCUGUGCGACUCGCACCUCGCCGUCGGCGCCGACAUCGGCCUCAUGACUCAGCUGACGGCGCUCAAGCUCUGCGACAUGGCGCCGCCCGACCACGACGACGCGCCGCCGGGAGACGCCGGGCAGGUGCACGUGCCGGCGGCGGCGGCGCUGCCGCCCGAGGGGGGCCUCGCGAACCUCAGGGGCCUGCAGCGGCUCGAGAUGACCUCGGACGUGCUCCCGCCGCAGUUCCGGUCCGCCAUCGCGCACCUGACGGGCCUGACCCGGCUGCAGCUGCGCUUCGCCUCGCGCCCGCUCCUGCAGCCCAUCGCCGCGCUCACGGGCCUGCGGGACCUCCGCCUCGCAUUCACGGAGCCCUCGGGCGUCCCGGUCACCGCGCUGCGGCCCCUCACGGCCAUCGCGGGGCUGCAGUGUCUCUGCGUGGGAAAGGUCACCCUCGGGACGGAGGCUGAAUGCGCGACGGUGCUGCGCGGGCUGCCCGCGCUGCGGACGCUCGAGCUGCGCAACAUGUCGGACAGCGUCCCGCUCGGCGCCGUCGCGGUCCUGCCCCGGCUGCGCCACCUCAGCGUGGGCUACGAGGCCCACCAGGUCAUGGCCGCGGUCCACGGCAUCGAGAAGCUCGCGGAGUGCCCGCGGCUGCGCGUGCUGCGGCUGGCGAGCGUGGCGCUGGGCCGCGAGGAGGUGGGCGCGCUGCUUGAGCUGCAGGGGCUGCGGGCGCUGGCGCUGCAAAACCUGGAGGUCGACAGCCCGACGACGCUGGCGGCGAUGCGGGGGUUCACGUUCUUGCGCGCGGUGGAGGUGGAGGUGACGCGGAUCGCGGACCGGUCGAUGACGACGUGGCGCGGCGCGCACGAGCGCGUGCAGGCCUACCUGGAGGCCGCGGGCGUGCGGCACGACAUCCGCGAGGCGCUCUCGGCCUUCCACGUGGCCUCCUGGCCGUGGUAG